GUCAACUCCGCGUAAAUGUCAAAAGAAGAAGCCAAAGUUGAGGGGUCGCGAAGGAGCAAGGACGAUGUUAAUAGAAUAAAUUCGCACCGGGAUAUGUCGUAGCAGUAACGCCAAUGAAUUAAAACGGGCCUCGAUCCACCCACCCCCACCCCUCCAAGUUACUGGAGUCUUAAUGUAUUCGAGCAAUGUGUUUGUGCCUCUGACGGCAGCUGAAGCGUGAUGCAUCCACAGCAGCCCACGACGGGCUUCACCCUUCGGAGACAACUGGCAGAUUCGGCCCCUCGGGGCACACUGAGCACCGGGCCAGCGCAGGGCCCGGGCCAGAGCGCCAGACGUCCUCGCUUCUGCCUCCUGCUCCCUGGGGUCCACGCAGCUGAUGUGUCUUCUGGCCAACCUGCACAGAUGCCCUCGUCUCCCUCCUCCACCUGCGUAGUAGCUCCUCCACACCCCAGCGCCUUGCCAAGCAACAUAGGCAAGCCAGAAUUCCCCGACACGGGCUGGGACCGCAUUAAGGAUCUCUUUCAAAAAGAUGCGACUCAGGGUUACCCGGAAGAGGUGACCAGCGUGGUGAAAAGCGGCCUCGUCGCCUCCUUGGCGGGCUUGAUCUACGGAGGCCUGCCGGCGGCUCGCCACGCUAGGCAGCGCUACAUCCAGCUGAGCCAGGCAGAACUCUACACCAGUCGCGUGGAAGCGGUGCGUUCGGUCCACCACGCAGCCAUCCGAGGUUUUGUGAGAUAUGGACUCCGAUGGAGCUGGAGAGUCGCCGCUUUCGUUUCCUUGUUCAAUUCUGUCACAACAGGUCUGUCCGUUUACCGCGACAAGUACACCCUCGGCAAUUAUGCCGCAGCCGGAGCUGUGACCGGAGGUCUUUUCCGACUCAACCUGGGCCCGCGAGGCCUGGUGGCGGGCACCAUCAUCGGAGCAGCGCUCGGGAUUCCUACGGGCGCUGUGAUCAUCAGCAUGCACUCGCUGACAGGAGAAAGCCCCCGAGAGAGGAGGCGCCGAGAGCGCAGAGAGACUUACGAAAACAAACUUGCAGAGUGGAAGGCACGGCUUGACCUGACAGAUGAGUUGAUAGGCGACCUGAGCGAGGGCUCGCAGCCAGAGGCGACGAAACGGGACUUGAAGAGGAUCCAGGAGCUCCUCAGUUUACCGCAGAAUGAUGCGGUGCGGGAGGCCGGCACCCGAUGACCCUGCCGCCCGCUAAGUGACAGACACUGUGGGAUUUCACGUCAUGCUGAGGAGAAAUUUGGUCAUGAUUGGACUUGACCCGUCCAUCUCAUUUGAAGUCCGGAGGAACUGAAACCUUUCAUCAUCCAGGUUUAAAAAAUAUAUCCGUCUCUAAGAUCAAGUGAGAAAUUGGAAAGCUGAAUACUGUACGGUGGGACAAAUAAAGGAUAUCUUAUCUUAUCUUAUCUUUUCCCUUUUAAAUGAAUGCCAUUAAUGCCACACCCCCUUUGUAUGUUGUGCCCGCCUUGUCCACUGGGAGGUAGGAUAAUACAGUCAGUCAGACAAACGAAGACGAGCGCUUCUGAUUCAGUAAGAUGCUGUAAUUGUCAUUUUCCCUAGAG